UCUGUCUAUUGAAUUGCCUUUGCACGUUGUUGAAAAUCAGUUGCUCCUAUAUAUUGGGUCUGUUUCUGGACUCUCAGCUCUGACUCACCCACUUAGGGGCUUGCUGCAUCCUGCUGGGGUUCCCCCUGUCUGCACCAUGGUCUGAAAACCCUCCUAAAAGCCAUAAGCUGAAAUAGUCAUGAUAUUCACUGUGUUUGUUUUCCAUCUCUUAGGAAUCUAUAUUUUUUGUUGCCUGACGUCAAGUUUCUUGAAAAUCAUGAUUUCUUAUACUUUGUCCAUUUGUUUGUGUAUUUGAGGAAGGAGAAUAAAUCUGUCUUGGCUGGGAACAGAAGUGUCCCCUAUUUUCUUAGUGCAAAGAUUGUGGAAUGAAAAAAUGGGAACAAUAACGCCAGCUGGUAAAUUUUUAUAUAAGUCUAGGCAAGAAAUUAUGACAAUAAUGAUGUAGGACUAUAGAAGAAAGGAUUCAACAAGUGCUUGGGAGGUUAGUCAGUGGAAUCUGAUGACAGAUUAGUUGUGGGAAGUCAAAGAGUAGAAAACUACAGUGAUACACAAGUUUCUGGCUGAGCAAAACUGGACAUAGAGUGGUGGUGUUAACAUGUAUAGGAAGGUGCAGAUUGGGAGAAAAUAGUUGUUGAGUCUUUCUUGGACAUGCUGAGUUUUAGGUAUCUUGGGUAUUUAAUUAUAGAGCUCUAAUGCUAAGAGGAAUGUCCAGGGUAGAGUUACAGAUUUAGGAGUCAACAACACACAGGUGGCCCUUAGAGCCAUGAGGAUGAAUACUGUGUCCCAGGCUGAACAACAGGACGAGUGAAAAGAUAACAGGAAUACUACAACUGGAAUCCUAUGGAACAGCCACAUUGAAGGCCCUUAGUCUAGCUCAGCUCAGACGCACCUUGUUCUAGCUCACAGUGUUAGAGAGAUAGCAAAAGAGAGAAUUAUAUUCCUGAAGUUAGGGAAGGGCACACUUUCAAGAGAAAAGUAGUGUCAGGUGUUAAAUGCAGUAGAAAAAUCAAAGGCAGUGAGGAAAAAAAAAUCUGUUUGAUUUGGUAAUUAAGGGGGUUUUAUUAACUUUGAAGAGUGGUUUUAGGAUGGUAAUUGAGUCAUUUUGAGGUUAUUUUAUUUAUUCAUAAUAUUAACAUACAUAUGUUUCAUUAACUAGCUUAACCCUAGAUAUCAGAUUUGAGUUCAGGUCUUCCAUUAAACAAUAUAGAUGAGAGGCCAGGUAUAGAGAGAGUUAGUAUCAUAAUUUUGCCAAAAAUGUCUAAGUACACUAUGAUUAUAAAAGAAAAUAUGGGCCAAAUACGAUGUUUUGGAAAAAACAAUCAUUUUCAGCUAGGUACAGGGCUACAAGGUCAGAGUUAUUAAAUUAGGCUUAGCUCAAAUUUUGACUGCACAAACCUAGAGGGUAUCAUUCAAAGAAUCUAUGUGAAUGGUAUGCCCUAUGGUUGUACACUAUAUAACCAUAUGCAGCCUACCGAGCUUAGCUGAUACCACCUGAUGUUUCUUUAAGUGAUAGACAUAUCUCAUCAUUUAGCCCUGCAAAGUUAAAGCCCCAGCAGCAGACUUGUCUUUCUGACUACUGUAAUUCAUAGAAACAUAACUUAGUAAUGGAGCACAUUUUCAGAAAAUGAGUUUUAAUAUUUUUAAUCCUAUACUCUAAUGUCAAUUUUUGAUCACUUUGAAUUUAUAAACAACAAAUUGAAUUUGUAAACAACACAUCAGAAAAAGUGAAGAGGAUAUUAAUUAACUAACGCUUUAAAUUAUAAGAGCUCAAAAUAACACUAGUAGCUAUGUCAACUGCGCUAAUGUUUUGAGGAAUAACAAACUGCCAUUGCUAUUUGGGAACUUUUAUGAGAUACCUAAUGAAGCAGUAUAACUUGAAAGGCAGUAGAUUUAUUAAGGGAUCAGUGACAAAGAAAAUAGAAUUGGAUCUAUGUUGCUGUUAUGAGAAUUGCUCCUGAUGCCUGAAAACAGUUAUAUGUCCCCAUUAUGUUUUUCUCUCUUUUUCUUGAGAAUUCUACUUUAAAAUUAAAAUUUGUAACUCUCCUAGUGUCUGUAUAAGUCAAACUGCUAUUAGCAAUGGUUUUAAUUCAGGUCACUCUAUUUUGUAGUAGUAAAAAAUAAUUUAAAUUUCUAUUGGACUACAGGUAAUCUUCGAGCCCUUGCAAAUAUAUAUAUAUAUUUAAAAAAACCUUUUCGAAGUUGGCAUAUAAAGUAUUUUUCAAGGGAAAAUGUUUCUUAACCAUAUAGUAGUAUUUGAGAAAUUAACAAUUUUGAUAAUCAACAUUCUCCAUAAUUUUAAAAUUUAUUUUAGGAGGUUAAAUCCCAUGAAUUUUGCUUAAAAAUACACAUCCCCGCAGUGAAAACAUAGUAAGAAGUCAAAAUGUACAGACCGUAGUAUUUAAGUACUUUCUGUUCCUGUAAACAAGACAAAACGAACAUGAUCAGUUGGAGGUCCAGGACUGUGAGACUCAGAAUAAAGAGGAGACAUGAAAUGUUCAUUUCAGAAGUUGGCAGUGGUCAUUUGUGAUUAGUCUAAAACUGUGAAAAUCCCAGAAAACAAACAAAAAACAACAAAUGGGUUUUAAAGUCAUAUGGAAUUGUAAAGUCACUAAUUGUUUUUUUGGUGAUUGUUUUCACCAAAAUUAAGUGAAUGAUUACAUCUUCUCUGUGCACUAGACUCUUGAUGAGUCCCUAAGGGGCUUAGGAGACAGAAGUGAAUUAUGGCUGUAAUGGCAGAAUAGCUGGCAGAGCUGCCAUAGUAACAAGGAGCCUUAGGAGCAGACUCUCCAGGGGAGAAAACAGUCCUGCAAAGUGACGUGACUUUCCUGAAACUACCUAAAGAGAGGGGAGUGGAUGUGUGGUUUCUCAUGUUCUUCAAACAGAGCUUUAUGUUGAGGCUUCUGUAAAGAUGCCAACUACAAGACUUUUUAAUUGUUGCGUUUCAAUUGUGUAACACAAAAUUGAAGUGAUCUUCAACACUGCUAACUGAAGGUGGUAUUUCGUAUUGGAAAGUCUAUUUAUUAUACUUGAUAUGCUUGCUAAUGCUCUCUCUCUUUUCUCAUUUUGCUUCGUUCCUUUGGCUCAGUAGAAUUGAUGGUAUCAACCAAAACUUUAAAUAUGUUGAUGAAUGCACAUCAAAUCCCUGCACUAAUGGAGAUUGUGUUAACACACCUGGUUCCUAUUAUUGUAAAUGUCAUGCUGGAUUCCAGAGGACUCCUACCAAGCAAGCAUGCAUUGAUAUUGAUGAGUGCAUCCAGAAUGGGGUUCUUUGUAAAAACGGUCGGUGCGUGAACACAGAUGGAAGUUUCCAGUGCAUUUGCAAUGCCGGCUUUGAAUUAACUACAGAUGGAAAAAACUGUGUUGAUCAUGAUGAAUGUACAACUACCAACAUGUGUUUGAAUGGAAUGUGCAUCAAUGAAGAUGGCAGCUUCAAGUGCAUCUGCAAACCAGGAUUUGUCUUGGCUCCAAAUGGACGUUACUGUACUGAUGUUGAUGAAUGCCAGACCCCAGGAAUCUGUAUGAAUGGGCACUGCAUCAACAAUGAAGGGUCCUUCCGCUGUGACUGUCCCCCAGGCCUGGCUGUGGGCAUGGAUGGACGUGUGUGUGUUGAUACUCACAUGCGCAGUACCUGCUAUGGAGGAAUCAAGAAAGGAGUAUGUGUGCGUCCUUUCCCUGGUGCAGUGACCAAGUCCGAAUGCUGCUGUGCCAAUCCGGACUAUGGUUUUGGAGAACCCUGCCAGCCAUGCCCUGCAAAAAAUUCAGCUGAAUUCCAUGGCCUUUGUAGUAGUGGAGUAGGUAUCACUGUGGAUGGAAGAGAUAUCAAUGAGUGUGCUUUGGAUCCUGAUAUAUGUGCCAAUGGGAUUUGUGAAAACUUACGUGGUAGUUACCGUUGUAAUUGCAACAGUGGCUAUGAACCAGAUGCCUCUGGAAGAAACUGUAUUGACAUUGAUGAAUGUUUAGUAAACAGACUACUUUGUGAUAACGGACUGUGCCGAAACACGCCAGGAAGUUACAGCUGUACGUGCCCACCAGGGUAUGUGUUCAGGACCGAGACAGAGACCUGUGAAGAUAUAAAUGAAUGUGAAAGCAACCCAUGUGUCAAUGGGGCCUGCAGAAACAACCUUGGAUCUUUCAAUUGUGAGUGUUCGCCCGGCAGCAAACUCAGCUCCACAGGAUUGAUCUGUAUUGACAGCCUGAAGGGGACCUGUUGGCUCAAUAUCCAGGACAGCCGCUGUGAGGUGAAUAUUAAUGGAGCCACUCUGAAAUCUGAAUGCUGUGCCACCCUCGGAGCCGCCUGGGGGAGCCCCUGUGAGCGGUGUGAACUAGAUACGGCUUGCCCAAGAGGGCUUGCCAGGAUUAAAGGUGUUACAUGUGAAGAUGUUAAUGAGUGUGAGGUGUUCCCUGGCGUUUGUCCAAAUGGACGCUGUGUCAACAGUAAGGGAUCUUUUCAUUGCGAGUGCCCUGAAGGCCUUACGUUGGAUGGGACCGGCCGUGUGUGUUUGGAUAUUCGCAUGGAGCAGUGUUACUUGAAGUGGGAUGAAGAUGAGUGCAUUCACCCCGUUCCUGGAAAGUUCCGCAUGGAUGCCUGCUGCUGUGCUGUCGGGGCGGCUUGGGGCACCGAGUGUGAAGAGUGCCCCAAACCUGGCACCAAGGAAUAUGAGACGCUGUGCCCCCGCGGGGCUGGCUUUGCUAACCGAGGGGAUGUUCUUACUGGGCGGCCAUUUUACAAAGACAUCAAUGAAUGCAAAGCAUUUCCUGGGAUGUGCACCUAUGGGAAGUGCAGAAAUACAAUCGGAAGCUUCAAGUGCCGUUGCAAUAGUGGCUUUGCUCUAGACAUGGAGGAAAGGAACUGCACAGACAUCGACGAGUGCAGGAUUUCUCCUGACCUCUGUGGCAGUGGAAUCUGCGUCAAUACACCAGGCAGCUUUGAGUGCGAGUGCUUUGAAGGCUAUGAAAGCGGGUUCAUGAUGAUGAAGAACUGCAUGGACAUUGACGAAUGUGAACGUAACCCUCUCCUUUGUAGGGGUGGCACCUGUGUGAACACUGAGGGCAGCUUUCAGUGUGACUGCCCACUGGGACACGAGCUGUCACCAUCCCGUGAGGACUGUGUGGAUAUUAAUGAAUGCUCCCUGAGUGACAAUCUCUGCAGAAAUGGAAAAUGUGUGAACAUGAUUGGAACCUAUCAGUGCUCUUGCAAUCCUGGAUAUCAGGCCACGCCAGACCGCCAGGGCUGUACAGAUAUCGAUGAAUGUAUGAUAAUGAACGGAGGCUGUGACACCCAGUGCACAAAUUCAGAGGGAAGCUACGAAUGCAGCUGCAGUGAGGGUUAUGCCCUGAUGCCAGAUGGGAGAUCGUGUGCAGACAUUGAUGAAUGUGAAAACAAUCCCGAUAUCUGUGAUGGCGGUCAGUGUACCAACAUUCCUGGAGAGUAUCGCUGCCUCUGCUAUGAUGGCUUCAUGGCUUCCAUGGACAUGAAAACAUGCAUUGAUGUGAAUGAAUGUGACCUAAAUUCAAAUAUCUGCAUGUUUGGGGAAUGUGAGAACACAAAGGGAUCCUUCAUUUGCCACUGUCAGCUGGGUUACUCAGUGAAGAAGGGGACCACAGGAUGUACAGAUGUGGAUGAGUGUGAAAUUGGUGCUCAUAACUGCGACAUGCAUGCUUCAUGUCUGAAUAUCCCAGGAAGCUUCAAAUGUAGCUGCAGAGAAGGCUGGAUUGGAAAUGGCAUCAAGUGUAUUGAUCUGGAUGAAUGUUCUAAUGGAACCCACCAGUGUAGCAUCAAUGCUCAGUGUGUAAAUACCCCAGGCUCAUACCGCUGUGCCUGCUCUGAAGGUUUCACUGGAGAUGGCUUUACCUGCUCAGAUGUUGAUGAGUGUGCAGAAAACAUAAACCUCUGUGAGAACGGACAGUGCCUUAAUGUCCCGGGUGCAUAUCGCUGCGAGUGUGAGAUGGGCUUCACUCCAGCCUCAGACAGCAGAUCCUGCCAAGAUAUUGAUGAAUGCUCCUUCCAAAACAUUUGUGUCUUUGGAACAUGUAAUAACCUGCCUGGAAUGUUUCAUUGUAUCUGCGAUGAUGGUUAUGAAUUGGACAGAACAGGAGGGAACUGUACAGAUAUUGAUGAGUGUGCAGAUCCCAUAAACUGUGUCAAUGGCCUAUGUGUCAACACGCCUGGUCGCUAUGAGUGUAACUGCCCACCCGAUUUUCAGUUGAACCCAACUGGUGUGGGUUGUGUUGACAACCGUGUGGGCAACUGCUACCUGAAGUUUGGACCUCGAGGAGAUGGGAGUCUGUCUUGCAACACCGAGAUCGGGGUGGGCGUCAGUCGCUCUUCAUGCUGCUGCUCUCUGGGAAAGGCCUGGGGAAACCCCUGUGAGACAUGCCCCCCUGUCAAUAGCACGGAAUAUUACACCCUGUGUCCCGGAGGUGAAGGCUUCAGACCUAACCCCAUCACAAUCAUUUUAGAAGACAUUGACGAAUGCCAGGAGUUACCAGGUCUCUGCCAGGGUGGAAACUGCAUCAACACUUUUGGGAGCUUCCAGUGUGAGUGCCCACAAGGCUACUACCUCAGCGAGGAAACUCGCAUCUGUGAAGAUAUUGAUGAGUGUUUUGCACAUCCUGGUGUGUGUGGGCCUGGGACCUGCUAUAACACCCUGGGAAAUUACACCUGCAUUUGCCCACCUGAGUACAUGCAGGUCAAUGGAGGCCACAACUGCAUGGACAUGAGAAAAAGCUUUUGCUACCGAAGCUAUAAUGGAACCACUUGUGAGAAUGAGUUGCCUUUCAAUGUGACAAAAAGGAUGUGCUGCUGCACAUAUAAUGUGGGCAAAGCCUGGAACAAACCUUGUGAACCAUGCCCAACUCCAGGAACAGCUGACUUUAAAACCAUAUGUGGAAAUAUUCCUGGAUUCACCUUUGACAUUCACACAGGAAAAGCUGUUGACAUUGAUGAAUGUAAAGAGAUUCCAGGCAUUUGUGCAAACGGUGUAUGCAUUAACCAGAUUGGCAGUUUCCGCUGUGAAUGUCCUACAGGAUUCAGUUACAAUGACCUGCUGUUGGUUUGCGAAGAUAUAGACGAGUGCAGCAAUGGUGAUAAUCUCUGUCAGCGGAAUGCAGACUGCAUCAAUAGUCCUGGUAGUUACCGCUGUGAAUGUGCCGCGGGUUUCAAACUUUCACCCAAUGGGGCCUGUGUAGAUCGCAACGAAUGUUUAGAAAUUCCUAACGUUUGCAGUCAUGGCUUGUGUGUUGAUCUGCAAGGAAGUUACCAGUGCAUCUGCCACAAUGGCUUUAAGGCUUCUCAGGACCAGACCAUGUGCAUGGAUGUUGAUGAGUGCGAGCGGCAUCCGUGUGGAAAUGGAACUUGUAAAAACACCGUUGGAUCCUAUAACUGUCUGUGCUACCCAGGGUUUGAACUCACGCAUAAUAAUGAUUGCUUGGACAUAGAUGAGUGCAGUUCCUUUUUUGGUCAGGUGUGCAGAAAUGGACGGUGUUUUAAAAAAAUUGGCUCCUUCAAGUGUCUGUGUAACGAAGGUUAUGAACUUACCCCGGAUGGCAAAAACUGUAUAGACACUAAUGAGUGUGUCGCCCUUCCUGGCUCUUGCUCUCCUGGUACCUGUCAGAAUUUGGAGGGAUCCUUCAGAUGCAUCUGUCCCCCAGGGUAUGAAGUAAAAAGCGAGAACUGCAUUGAUAUAAAUGAAUGUGAUGAAGAUCCCAACAUUUGUCUUUUUGGUUCCUGUACUAAUACUCCAGGGGGCUUCCAGUGCCUCUGCCCCCCUGGCUUCGUACUAUCUGAUAAUGGACGGAGAUGCUUUGAUACUCGCCAGAGCUUCUGCUUCACAAAUUUUGAAAAUGGAAAGUGUUCUGUGCCCAAAGCUUUCAACACCACAAAAGCAAAAUGCUGCUGUAGUAAGAUGCCAGGAGAGGGCUGGGGGGACCCCUGUGAGCUGUGCCCCAAAGACGAUGAAGUUGCAUUUCAGGAUUUGUGUCCAUAUGGCCAUGGAACUGUCCCUAGUCUUCAUGAUACACGUGAAGAUGUCAAUGAGUGUCUUGAGAGCCCAGGCAUUUGUUCAAAUGGUCAAUGUAUCAACACCGACGGAUCUUUUCGCUGUGAGUGUCCAAUGGGCUACAACCUUGACUACACUGGAGUACGCUGUGUGGAUACUGAUGAGUGUUCAAUUGGCAAUCCAUGUGGAAAUGGUACAUGCACCAAUGUUAUUGGGAGUUUUGAAUGCAAUUGCAAUGAAGGCUUUGAGCCAGGGCCCAUGAUGAAUUGUGAAGAUAUCAACGAAUGUGCCCAGAACCCACUGCUGUGUGCUUUCCGCUGCAUGAACACGUUUGGGUCCUAUGAAUGCACGUGCCCAAUUGGCUAUGCCCUCAGGGAAGAUCAAAAGAUGUGCAAAGAUCUGGACGAAUGUGCUGAAGGGUUACAUGACUGUGAAUCUAGGGGCAUGAUGUGUAAGAAUCUCAUCGGCACCUUCAUGUGCAUCUGCCCUCCUGGAAUGACCCGAAGGCCUGAUGGAGAGGGCUGUGUAGAUGAAAACGAAUGCAGGACCAAGCCAGGAAUCUGUGAAAACGGACGUUGUGUUAACAUUAUUGGAAGCUAUAGGUGCGAGUGUAAUGAAGGAUUCCAGUCAAGUUCUUCAGGCACUGAGUGCCUUGACAAUCGGCAGGGACUCUGCUUUGCAGAGGUACUGCAGACAAUAUGUCAAAUGGCAUCCAGCAGUCGCAAUCUCGUCACUAAGUCAGAAUGCUGCUGUGAUGGUGGGCGAGGCUGGGGCCACCAGUGUGAGCUUUGCCCACUUCCUGGAACUGCCCAGUACAAAAAGAUAUGUCCUCAUGGCCCAGGAUAUACAACUGAUGGAAGAGAUAUUGAUGAAUGUAAGGUAAUGCCAAACCUCUGCACCAAUGGUCAGUGCAUCAACACCAUGGGCUCAUUCCGAUGCUUCUGCAAGGUUGGCUACAACACAGACAUCAGUGGAACAUCUUGUAUAGACCUUGAUGAAUGCUCCCAGUCCCCGAAACCAUGCAACUUCAUCUGCAAGAACACUGAGGGGAGUUAUCAGUGUUCAUGUCCGAGGGGGUAUGUCCUGCAAGAGGAUGGAAAGACAUGCAAAGACCUUGAUGAAUGUCAAACCAAACAGCAUAACUGCCAGUUCCUCUGUGUCAACACCCUGGGGGGGUUUACCUGUAAAUGUCCACCUGGUUUCACACAGCAUCACACUGCUUGUAUCGACAACAACGAAUGUGGGUCUCAGCCUUCGCUUUGUGGAGCGAAGGGAAUCUGUCAAAACACUCCAGGCAGUUUCAGCUGCGAGUGCCAAAGAGGGUUCUCCCUUGAUGCCACCGGACUGAACUGUGAAGAUGUUGAUGAAUGUGAUGGGAACCACAGGUGCCAACACGGCUGCCAGAACAUCCUGGGUGGCUACAGAUGUGGCUGCCCCCAAGGCUACAUCCAGCACUACCAGUGGAAUCAGUGUGUCGAUGAGAAUGAAUGCUCCAAUCCCAAUGCCUGUGGCUCUGCUUCCUGCUACAAUACCCUGGGGAGUUACAAGUGCGCCUGCCCCUCAGGUUUCUCCUUCGACCAGUUCUCCAGUGCCUGCCACGACGUGAAUGAAUGCUCAUCCUCCAAGAACCCCUGCAAUUACGGCUGCUCCAACACGGAGGGGGGCUACCUCUGUGGCUGCCCCCCUGGGUACUACCGAGUGGGACAAGGCCACUGUGUCUCAGGAAUGGGAUUUAACAAGGGGCAGUACCUGUCACUGGAUACAGAGGUCGAUGAGGAAAAUGCUCUGUCCCCAGAAGCAUGCUACGAGUGCAAAAUCAAUGGCUAUUCUAAGAAAGACAGCAGGCAGAAGAGAAGUAUUCAUGAACCUGAUCCCACUGCUGUUGAACAGAUCAGCCUAGAGAGUGUCGACAUGGACAGCCCCGUCAACAUGAAGUUCAACCUCUCCCACCUCGGCUCUAAGGAGCACAUCCUGGAGCUAAGGCCCGCCAUCCAGCCCCUCAACAACCACAUCCGUUAUGUCAUCUCUCAAGGGAAUGAUGAUGGCGUCUUCCGCAUCCACCAAAGAAAUGGGCUCAGCUACUUGCACACGGCCAAGAAGAAGCUCAUGCCCGGCACGUACACACUGGAAAUCACUAGCGUCCCUCUCUAUAAGAAGAAGGAGCUUAAGAAACUGGAAGAGAGCAAUGAGGAUGACUACCUCCUAGGGGAGCUUGGGGAGGCUCUCAGAAUGAGGCUGCAGAUUCAGCUCUAUUAACCCUUCACAGACUUGGGCCCAGGCUCAAAUCCUAGCACAGCCAGUCUGCAAGAAGCAUUUGAAAAGUCAAGGACUAAUUUUAAAGAGGAAAAAUAAUAAUAACUCUGUUUCUUUCCUCCCUGACUUAGACUUUGAAUGUUGACCCUCACAGGGAGGGAUAAUUUAGACUCUGGUAUGGCCAAAGAUUUGAGCACAAAGGCAACCGUGGUUACUGUAUUUUUUAUAUAACUUCAUUUUAAAAUAUAUUAAAAGAAACCUAAAUGUUCAAGAUAUCAGCAUAUGGCACUAAAUGCACAAAAAUAAUGUGAGCUUUUUUUUUUUCCCUGUUAGCAGUCUGUAACACUUUGGGUAUUUUGCUAUAGUUGCUAAUUAAAAAAAUAUAGAUGUUUAUUUAUUUUUAAUGCAGUAAUAUAUGGAGAAAUGAACAAACUAUGUAAACAAAAAGGGAAACUCACUUGUUUUUCUUUAGAUUUAUAAAUUUGAGCUAUUUCUUUUAGAGGUGCUUUUUAAAAAUCCAAUAGAUACAAGAGAUGUUUCCUUUGGUUUUCUGCCAGUCAUCCAGCUGAUACACACCUGAUGAUUUUAAAGAAAGCCACACAGAGCUGAAUGGGCAGUGUAAUCAAUAAUUUAAAAGACAUGAAUGUCAUUAGAUCCUUUAUAACGUAGAUCGAAGCCAAAGCAGCUCAUUUGUGACAACAUUUCACAUCACCAGACACACCAGGCAACAGAAGAUGAAGCACAACCACUGUAGCAAAAUACCUUGACUGCUUGUGAGACCAUUAGCAUUGCAGGCCAAACCGUACUGUAUUUCCUUCUCAUAACCUCAAGGAACCACAUGUGCUACCCACAACACCUCAUUCUUACCCAGGGUGCGCUGCGUACUCAUGGUACUGUAGGCAGCUGAAGAACCGCCGUUCCUUUGAAAGGGAACACCUGGCGUUCUGUAGUGUUUCGUGCUGUCUUAGACAAUGGUGCAUUUAUUAUGUUCAAGUUAUUUCAGGAUUGCCAUAUGUGCAAACAAAUCAUGCAGUGCAGCCAAGGAAUAUAUGUUGUUGUUGUUGUUGUUUUAAACCCAUUUUUUUUUUUUAGAAUUUUCAUUAAUACUGUAGUUAUACACCAUAUGCCUCAUUUUAUAGCCUAUUGUGUAUGAAAGAUGUUUGUACAAUGAAUUGAUGUUUAGUUUGCUUUAGUCAUUUAAAAAGGUAUUGUACCAGGACGUGCUAUUAAGAGUACGUAUCCAUUAUUCUUCUCAACCCAAGAACCUGUUCCCCUGGACCAGUGACCAAACCUCAUAUGUGAAAUUGCCAAAGCACACGCAGACUCCCGGUUGUUUCUCUCAAACCUGUGCUGACCAAAGACGAGUAACCAGUCAUACCCAGUGUUUUGAGGUUUUAUUGUUUUUUUUUUUUUUAAACUAAAAAAUAAAAGGAACAGUGUAAAUUUGUAAUCAAGAGUUUGUGAGGAAAAGCUUAUGGUUUUUGGUUUUGUUUGUUUUUGUAGGUCUAUGUAUCAAAUAUGACACUUUUCUUGCAAUAAAGCUUAUUUUGGGGUAA